AUGGACGAAGAUUCCGGGGCCAUCCUUCGCCAGAUAUCCUCAUUCAAGAACAUGAUCGAUCAGGUCUGGAUCAUCUAUCUGCCGUUCUCUUCUGCGUGAACUACCUGUCAACCGACCACCGAUUUUGAUGAUGACGCAAUUUUUUGAAGAAAAAGAAUGGUAGCACAGUUGGUUUUGGGAAGUCUUUCGAUAUUCUGGAUCAUGCGCGCAAUCCUUCGAAUAUUUCCACGCAAUGCUCGUCGGUUUUGGGAAGUCUUUCGAGAUGCGACUCUCACUUGAAUAUUUGUACAUUUUUUGACCUAUUGUGCCGUCUCGAUGUGGAAACGGUCAUAGGUUGCCUCUGUGUCCUGCAUAAUGCUUUCCAUGAUUAUUGCAAGGAGAGUAUUUGGAAUCGUGAUUUGCCGGAAUUACUUAGGAACCUGAUGUUUUUGGUGGUUUCUUGCACACGAGUGCUGCAAAACAAAGCUCAAGCUUGAGGGCAUUGAAUUACUUGAAUAUAUUGUUCAUAUAAAUUACACAAAAACGAAGGCACUCAGAACAAUACUGAAAACUAAAGAGAAUAGGGUAAAACAAUUCUUUUCUCAAUUCAGCAAAGAAUCAGAGAGCCUGUAACUGAAAUGGGAGAUGUGCAAACUAUAAAACGAUGGUAGAAAUUUCAAGGACGAAACUCUAAAUGACUCUUGCUCCUGAAAUACAAUUCUGCUAUGAAAGGAUGAAUAAGAGAUGUUGAAGAAUUGACUGAAUUUUUGUUCUAGUUUGUUCAAUGUGACUUGCUGUUAGUGAAUGGAUUGAUUUUAUCCCUUUCUUAGGCUUUUCCUCUUCUUCUUCUUCUCUUUUCCCUUUUGCCCCUCGAUCAGGGGUACGCAAUUGGUCACCCAACUAAUCACUGAUUAUUAUGCAUCAGACGCCUCAUGUGUACCAUAGAAUGCUCAAAGAUGCAAUUCUGUCGUGUUUUGACAUUCGAAAAUGCUACAUUAGCAUAACAUGAACUGAUUGAGUUUGUUUUAUUCUCACAUUUAUGUCAGGGAAUGCAUAAAAUAGCAUAACAUCUGUGUUCUCAGAUGCAUAAGGAAACUUAAAUAUUAAUGGUGUGGACGUCCUAUAGACAUCGAAUAAUACAACUUUCCUAGGAAUUGAAGUUGAAGACUAGGGUAUUACAUUAAAUCCCCACGUGACAACUUUUUAAUUGAAAAUCACAAACACUUUUCGUAGAUAGCUCAGUUAAUGACAAGAAUUCAAAUACUGUAGAAGGAUUUGUAACCAUACGUAUUGCAGCCAUAAUUUCCAAUGUUCUGCAUUGGUUUGAGGCUAUUUAUUAUGUCUCCAGUGGCUACUGUAGUUAGCAUUAACUACAUUUGGAAAGGUUGCUGAAGUCCAGUGACUAGUUUGCUCUCAUACUAUUGGCUUUAGAGGGCCCAGGCUAAUGAAAGUGUUGCAAACUUUGGCAGCAGAUGAUACUGGGGGUUAUGAGAGCAAAGGUACUUGUAACUUCAGCAAAACAAAUACUGGGGGUUAUGAGAGUACUGGCAGAAAUAAAAAUACUUGUAACUUCAUUUGUUUGCUACUACUCUGAGAUAGUCCUUUCCACUACUGUUGCAUUUCCUUCACAAAACAAAUACUGGGGGUUAUGAGAGCAAAGGUAGAAGAAUCAAAUAAAGCUAUUGAAUUUUCGAGCUAUUCACUUGAAUACCGUAUUGAUAUUGUAUUUUUUUUUUGCCGGUAACUCAUGGGUGGGUGGCAGAAUGACCUUGUAGUUGACGUUGAAAUUCAUGCAUUAUGUGCCAGGGUACUUUCUAGUUCUGCAAUGUACAGGAGCUUAAAUGCUCCCAAGGUAAGCUCCAGUGGUUAGUAAUCUAAUGUCUAGACAAAUUAUUGGUGAGUAUAAACAUUAAAUUUUAGAAACUACCAUUUCAUGGCACUAAUAAAGCACCAGAAAUUGAUUAAAUAGGAUGUCUCCAAGGUAGACCUAAAAGUACCAAGGUGGGCCAGAUUCCUGUGCUGCAGGUUGCUCAUCUGGGCCAUUUGAGUUGUUUUAUUACUUAGGUGGGUCGUGCAGCGUAUGAUUUAUCUUUUAAUUUCCCGAGUUUCCAGCUGAAAACAUGGUUUUAACAGACGUUUGUGGGAUGGACAACGUGGCUCAUGUGUGGACAGCGAUGACAAGAAAACAGCUAGACGCUUUAUUAGGAUCCUAUUGUUUAUUCAGUUUAGAUAGUGAAAAUAGCUUGCAGCUUACUCAGAAAGGCUUGAAUCAUUUGCUCAGCUUUUGAAGUGUGAACGAUACAAAACCUAUCAACGUUCCUCCAUGCUGAAUUCAUGAAAAUACUAAUUAGAAAUGGUUAUGUGAGAGAAUUGAUUUAAUCUUGACAUAAUCUUAAGGGUUAUUUGAUUUAAGAUUUAAGAAAAAACCCCAUAAACCUUUGGAGGAAAUAAAGCCCCGGGAAGUGCUAAGUACGAAACUACUGGAUCUCUACAGAUUAUCCUCUUUUUCGUCAAUGCAUGCUGCCUAAAUAUUUCUUCAAAGAUGAGAAUACUCUUCAUAGCAUUGAUUGGGGUCAAAAAUGAAAAGCCUCACACGUCGAUUCCAACCAAGCUCCUCAGGAGUUUUAAUUGGGUUCAACCAAUCUCCUUGGGAAUGAAGCUAGAAUCUAGAGCAACCACUUCGAAAAGACGCUGGGUCAUCUGUGACACCCCUGGCAUGAAGGAACGAGGUUCUGCCCACAGAACCAUGGAUGCUGGCAUGAGGCCAUGUGGUUCAGCAUGCACGGAGCACAGCUGGUUUGCAUGUGUGCACUGGCGGCCAAGGCAGACGGAACAGAGGGCCCAAAGAAGAAAACAGAAAGAUGAAAAACACGAGUGAGAGGGAAAGGAGUUUUCUCAAAGAUAAAAGUUUCGUUUGCAUAGUCUAACUACUGUUAAUCUAAAAUUACUCUUGUUUAAAUGGCAGUUGAGCAGGAGAUAUAUUUCUCGAUGCUUUUGCCUUAAUCUGCUUUUUCCUCAGUAGUCACAUGUUAGGGGCGUAAAACCGAAUAACACAAAAUUGAUUGAUUUUCUUUUCAUGUUAUUCUAGGUCAAUGAAGAAAUUGAGGCAAAUAUUCAGACGACAAGACAUAUUGAAUCUGAGAUUAUAAGAUGUUCUGAACUUGAGAAGGGCUAUCUGAUAAGAGAGUCAAAGCUGUCCGAAAUGGUCUUUAAUGAUGAGUUUGAGCUGAAUGGUGUUUUAGUAGCGACCAGUAAGAGUCUUACUUUUUCAUCUUUAAAUAAUCAAUCAUUUUAUAUAUGUUUCACAUCAUCAAUCAAAUACUAUGCUUGUAUUAUGGCACCGUCUUAUUUCAAACCAUGGAUGUUGAACAUUAGAUCAGUGUCCUAUCAUCGGGCUAUUUGGCUGAAUACAUUGAAUGGGUUCCACUGACCUCUUAAUAUGAUUACUUGAUGGUUGAAAGGUAGUACAAUUCUUUUCUUUUCUUUAGAAGAUUCAAUUAUUCUUCUCUUUAUUAGAUGGGUUUCAAUUAAUGAUCUUAAAAUUUGUACCGUUCCAUCAUUUUUACCUGUUUUCGAAUUAUAAUGAAGGUAAAAAAGGUUCUACUUUGAGACACUCUCCUAGUAGUCUUACAGAAUUGCUGCAUUUUCGUUUUCCUGCCUUUAAAAUGAAGUGGUCUUACAGAAUCACAAAGUGAGAGAAGGUGUGUGUUCCACGAAUCUUGAAAAUCUCGUGUAUCAACUGUAUAGUGUAGUGUAGUGUAGUAUACAAUGGGGAAAAUGUCACGUGAAUUAACUGUAGCGUAGUGUAAUCUUAAAAUAGUGUAGUGUAUAAUGGUGAAUAAAACUAUCAAAACCCACCCAAUAUCCUCUGGUAGUUAUUCUAAAACAUGGACACUCUCCUCUUCUUUCUGGCCUCUAAUGAAAACCAAUCUCAUUAAAAGUAGAGAUUCGUCACUGUUUUAUCUUCAACAAAGGCUUCUCCAAGUAGCAGUAUAUAGAGGUGGUCUUGCAUAGUAUUAUCUCAUAAUGGUUUGCAAUGCUUUCACCCGUCCUCAGUAUCUAAUUCUUAUGGCGUUUUCCAAUGCUAUGUUUAGAUAUCAAAUGUUUAUGAUUCUAAAUCUACCUUGUUUUUCCGUCUAUAUUUUCAUAAGUAGAAUUAAUGUCUACUCAUUCUCAGCAUAUUUCACUAAUUCUAUUCUAGAAGAACUGUCUUCAAUAAUCUCUUUCUUGGUCAUCAACGUCUUGAGCAGUUUAAACUUCGAUAGGUUUGAAAACGAAACGUUCAUAGAGGAAUCUUUCUUUGUCAUCUUGACGUUUUACUUUAGAAUUUCUAUUCAGUUUCAACCAACUAUUUUCUGUGAAGUUUUGACAGUCUCAUCUCUCUCUCUCUCUCUCUCUCUCUAGAGAAGUUUUAACACUGGAAAACUAAAAAAGAAAUGGUUACUACUUUUUCCAAUAGAUCAGAUGUCUUGACGUGGAGAUGAAAUAGGUGCAACAAUAUUUAACACUGACCAUCUCAGUUGGGUUAUAGGGGCAUAUACGUAGAGACGUCUGGCACAAAGAGCAUAUACACUUCAUACCUUUUGAGAACAAUCAUAUCCUCUGUUGUAAUAGGGAUUUUUUUUGCUGAUUUUUUUAAUAGGGAUUUUUGAGUGUUUAAGAUCUAUUAAAAACCAUAGGUGUCAACCGUUUUCACUAACUUUUAGGAGCAUUUUGGUUAGAUCUUAUGGCAGCUGCUGGGAUUUAUAUGCCAGAUCUAAGAGCACCCUUUCAAAGGCCUCAUUUUGCUCAUAUUAGUGGGAGGCUGAACACCUGGUCCAGACAUGUAGACCUUGAUCGGUGCAUUUUUGUGCUGAUGCCCUCAUCAUCAUAUCUCUUUUUUUCCUAAGUUUCUUGAAACAAAGAAUAUCAGCCUUAAAGUUUCUUGCUAAUUUCUUCGUGCCUCCUCUUCCUGUGUUGCACACUCUCCUGACAUUAUACGUGAAAUCUUCCUGUGACCACUUCAAUGUAACCCCCCUUGGUCUGUAUGUGUGAUGACUUUAGUUGAAAGUAUUUAGUUCUCUUUACCACUCUUGAUUUUUGACGCCUAGUUUGUAACAUUGUGAAUACACUUUUCUCUAUCCAUUAUCACGUAGCACACUUGUUAAUUGAUAUCGAUGGAGAGAUCAAAAUGUCUUGUUUUCAAACAGGUACAUGUGGUUCUCUGUACCACUCUUGAUUUUUGAUGCUUAGGUUGUGAAGACAAUACCUUCUCUGACAUUAUUGCACGGACCUGUUAAUUGAUAUCGUGGGAGAGAAGUGAAAAUGCCUUGUUUUCAAACCGCUAAGGUUGUGGUGUUUCUUUCAGAAUUUGGAAGGAUAAAACCUGAUAUUUAAAUGCAAUUCAUAUUGUCAAAGAACCACCACUUCCACGGGAAAGAAUGCUAAUGCUAGGCAACAGGACAUAGUUGAUGUAUAGGAAGAAAUUGUACCCUGAAUGCACAGGGAGUGAAAUCGGAAUUCCUUGAACACACAAGGACUGAGGGUUAAUCAUUGAGUUCGCAAGGAUCGAAAAAUGAGGCCUUGCAUCCACAAGAGUUGGUAGAGUUAAUCUAUUGAGUCCAUAAUGAUCGAAAAAAGAGGGUCACUUGAAUCCACCGACAGUUGGAGAAAAAUAAUUUUUCUGAAUUGAAAAAGUCACAUUGCAUUAAAGUUUGCGGCUCCUUAAAAUAUGUCAAAAGUAGUUGUAUAUCUCCUAAAGAUUAGGAUUUGAGAAGUAGCUCUCUAAUAGUUGCAGAUUUCCUAGAUAAAAGGAGUAGCUACUAGGAUGACAAGAAAAUAACGUAUUUUGGGCUUCAUGAGCCUACUAAAGCAAUAUUAUUAGACUCUUAGUUUAAACUGUUUGAGCCUUCUAGGCUGCACUUUAUGUUCCUCCUCUGUUUCCAUCAAAUCUGGUCUACAUUACAAUCAUAAAGAUAAAUAUUAACAAUCAUUAAGGCUAUGAGGUGGACAGUUAAGUCAUCAGGUUCAUUCAGAUACUGGUGUUCCAUUUUCCUGUACGUUAUGAAAGUCAAAAAAAAGAUGAUUAAUUUUGAACUUAACCUAUAAUAUGAUGUUUUCAGACAUCAAUGCUAUGUUGUGCUUCUAUAAAUAUAACAUAUUUGCUUUAAAGAAAAGUCAGCAGAUUUUUCCAUUCUUCAUCUCUCUUAAAAUAUAAUAGAUUAAAGGAUACGAUGCACCGGUGAUCAUCAUUAUUUCCUUAUUCGUGCAAGUUUUUAUUCUAGUUAUUCUGGAUAUUCAUAUUACAAUCUUCAUGGAAACUAAAUAAUCAGUGUUGUGUGAUACUCAUUCUAACAGCUGUUGCAAGAAAUUCGUUAGAAUCAACAGAGGAGGAGUUGAAUGCAAUGAACUCGUAUAUAGAAAACAUGCUGAGAAGAAUACAGGAAAAGAGGUACCGGAAGUAAUGUCCAAAUAAUUCAUUAACUGGCAUGACUCUGCACAGCCAUGAUUCAGCAUUGUUGUAUUAGAUAUCUUGCUUUGUCUUCAGUUAUACAAAAUACAAACAGUCCCAGAUAUGCCUAAAUGUGGUUCCCACAUUCAAAUACGAAUACUACGAGGAAAUGACGUGUUUUUUUACAUUGGAAAACUCAUCUGAAUUCACAGUUUCCGUGCCUUUCUUUGUAUACUCUCUGAGUAGCAUGCCUUUCCUAAGAGCUGCUGCAAAUUUACAAUGCUCCUAAGAUCAUUGGCAGCUUACUCCCUGAAACUAAUGCUACUCCUUUACUUGAUCUAUAACCUUUCUGGUGACAUUACAGCACUUAUCUUUCUCAGGAUGUUUAUUUUAUCUAGAAUCCUUGACUUACAUGCCAUUCAUAUGACUCUAGUGUCAAACAUUCUUUCUCAGGGAGAAAUUCAUAACACAAUGCGAGCAAUUCCAGGAAGACAUUGUGUCAGCAGAAACGGAGGAAUUGCAUGAACUACUAUCUAAGAAGGAUGCCCUUGAUAAUGAGAGGCAAAGUUUGAUUUCAAAAAUUGACGUCCUCAAACAUUCCACAGCAGACUUCAUUGAAGAAGCACUUGGAGAAAUUAUUAGUCUUACCACUGGUGAGAUGAGAUCCUCUCUUGUGUUUAACUAAGGCUUAUUGGUUGAGGAUAUUUUGAGUUUAUUAUUAAAAUUACAUGUUAAUUUUCUCGAUACUAUGCCGUGGAAGAGAAGAUAGAAAUCAGUUAUUUUCUAGAGGGCUUCCUUUUACUCUGGUGAUGAGAAAAAAGCCACACCAGAUGGGGGUACCGAACUGAUCACUGAAUGAAUACAUUACGCUUCAAUAAUUUCUCAGCUAAUUCUUCUCUAUUCGGAAUCUUUAGUUGUUUUCACUGGCAUCCUGAGAAUACAACCCUAAAUGACAGACUUUUGUGGUUGUCAUUUGUAUUCUAACUAUUGUGCUGUCAGGCAUAAUUCGAAUCUUUCAAAGCAGACCAAAUCAUUAUGAUUCCGGAAUGGUUUUCGUGUACCGUCAGACGGAACAAAUUUACUCAAUUCAUGAACAUUGCUCAGGCCUACUAUGGCAUAUGUUAUUUUGAAUUCGGGCUAUGGCUUGGGAAUCUAAUCAUGUUAUAUGCACUCACAAAACUCAAAUCUGCCGUCAGAACUACACUAGGAAACAAAGAGUAUAAUAUUAAAAAGUAAAGUCAUCAAAAUUUUCCAUUAUUUAAUUCCCAGUAGAUGACACCAAACUGGAUCUAUCUAUUGCAUAGUUUACCUUUCUAUCAGUUUUGCAAAUGAUUAGCAUACACACACAAAUUUGUUGAUGACACCUCUAUAUUUAGACAAAAAGGUAAUCUUAUAUGCAUCUAACUAAUUUUAAAUACAGACAAAUUAUUCCUUGUUUUUUUUCAGUUUUGUCGUUCGGUUUCAUUUCUUUAUUGGUGGUCGAAUAUUAUUUUAGCAUCCACAGCAGGAGAAGCAUUUCUUGAUUGUUGUACUUUACCUCGUUUCACUUUUGAGAUUUAAGAUUCAAAUAACUGCAGCAUUGCAAGUCAAGGUUCAGCAUGCUUCUUUGGAAUGCAAGAAAGUUCUCACAGACAUUGAUGACCUGAAGAAUUUAAUUUGUAACCUUAUUUGA